AUGUUUGGCAGCACCAGUACCUCGCAUAAGCAUUCGAGGGCUCAUAGCCGAAGCAACAGCUACUAUAACCCAACGAGCUUUCUCUUUGUAGUCAACAGGCUACGCGUGCGACUUGACGAGAAUCUACUAAACGGAGAUCCCUGGUACAAUCGUGUGCCACCGAAUCAGCCCAGCGGGUUUACCGGCGAGAUCCCCAGCUAUGUCAUGCGAUAUCAAAAUGGCCAAGUAACGACAGCUCAUGGAUAUGGAUGGUGGCGGGGAGACUUCCUUGGAACUGCGUGGCCUCCUGGCUAUGUUUGCCUGGCUGGUGCUGAUGGAAAUCCGGUUUAUACCGACAACGGUCAGCUACAAUGCGCCGAAAGAUACAAAGAGCUUGCAGUGUUUUCGUGCAAUCCCCUACUCCCUAUCGUUGUUGACAACGGAGACCCACUGUCUACCAGUGCCGCGCUGGAUCGGAGCCCCCUGCUCUUCUUCCAUCCUCCUUCCCAACCGGGAGUUUCACAGGCAGUACAUCCGGACAGCCCUAUGGGACCAGGUCCUGCACCUUGCAAGUACGUUGCGGGAACGAGCCCAAGCUGGAUACCCAGCCUGGUGCCGAAAACAUAUCGCAACCCCUAUAAUGCAGUUGCGUCAGUUGGCCUUGCGGGAGAGCUGCCCAUUGUCCUCGGCCUGAUGGCGUUUAGCGAACUCGGAGACGCAGAAGACCAUACUUCAGUGACGCAAACGUUUCUGGGAGAUAAUGCAGCCCGUGGUAGAUGGAAUGGCGGGUUCUGGAACCAUACUGCAACCCCGAAAGGCUAUGCACUCUCCACCGGAGAAGACCCACGAGGAUUCUUCAUUUCCAUCUAUCUUGAUCCUGACAAUCCUGAUUACUCCACUGCAGCACAUAUUGCUGAAUUGGAAUGGAGGGGUAUUCUUGUCUGGGACAAUGAAUAA